UCAUAUCUUUAUUAUGUAAUUAUUGUUAACUUUGAGCUGGACACUGACUCACAGGAAACCUCUCUCAGGGGCUGUGUUAAAAAAUCCACUAUUGAAACUUCUGCACCUUGCAAACAAGAGCUUGAGCCAUGGUUUGAAAAUGUUGAAUGCAAUGUUGAGCAGAUCUUCAAAGUUUUGAAAGCUUAUAGUGAAAUGAAUAAUGCAAGGAAAAUUGGACUUGAUACUUGCAAGGAAAAGCUUCCUUCUCUAAUUUCUGUUUCUCAGCUUGAAAUGUUGGAAGGUAUCACUGUUGAACUGAGCAAUGAGGAUGCUUAUUUUUAUCGGAUCAAAUGGAAGCUUGAACCUUGUCCAAAACAUUUCGCGAAAGUGAUUAAUUAUUGUCGCCUCGCAUGUACUGAAGAUGGUGUCAAAUAUCUGAAGAAUAAGACUAAACUGUCAAAUAUCAAGAAAAAAUUAAGUAGUUCUCCUGUAGAAAUGAUUCAACUUUUGGCCAGUGAAAUCGACAGCUUCAGAAAGAAAAAAAGAUGAUAAAAACCUUACAGCACAGAUUAUGAAAAGCGCUUAUAAUUUCCUUUGUACUUGAGCUUUUUAUUUAUCUGUGACACUUAUGGUGGAGAUAUCACUGCAUUGCUUUAUUGUUUCGGUAGAACUGAUCUCUUGAACCACCUCCAUCCCCUUUACAACUCGCCCAAAUGCGUUUUGUUUGUUUCCAAACAGUUGAAACAGUGAAAUAUAAAACAAAACA